AUGAGAUUCUUCAUCAUCCUUCUUUUGGCUGUCGCUGCUCUUGGUAAGUCAGACUCAGUACUGUUAGUCAAUGUUAAAAGUGUCAUUACAAUUUACUUUAAACUAUCUUUUACAGACUGUACUAAAUAUUUUAUAAAGAACCAAUAACCCAUUUUACUAUACUAUAAAGUUGUCUGUAGGAGCUGCCCACCACGGUAAGAAGCCAGUCCACAAGAAGCCAGCCCAUCACCCCCCAGCCCACAAAGCUCCAGCUCACAAAGCCCCAGCCAAAGCCGGUACUAAAGCUCCAUCUGGAACUGGUGCCACUUCAGCUGCCAAGACUACUGGUGCUGCUGCGGCCGCUACUACCGCCAAGGCUUCUUAA